GGCGGCGCGCCCGCCGGCAGCGUCUGGCGCUGCUGGGCGCAGUGACAGCGCCCCCCCCCGGCCCCGCCGGACCCCGCCUCCCGCCGCCACCGCCGCCUGCGAUGCUCAGUCAUGAAACGCGUACGCACAGAACAGAUUCAGAUGGCAGUGUCCUGCUACCUCAAGCGCCGUCAGUAUGUGGACUCAGAAGGUCCCCUAAAACAAGGGCUGAGGCUGUGUCAGACUGCUGAAGAGAUGGCAGCUAAUCUCACAGUCCAAUCUGAAUCUGGUUGUGCCAACGUUGUGUCUGCAGCUCCCUGCGUGGCAGAGCCACAACAAUAUGAAGUACAGUUUGGACGACUACGCAAUUUUCUCACAGAUUCAGAUUCUCAGCACAGCCAUGAAGUGAUGCCUCUUCUGUAUCCCCUCUUCGUCUACCUCCAUCUGAACAUGGUCCAGAAUGGCCUGAAAAGCACAGUGGACAGUUUUUACAGCCGCUUCCAUGGCAUGUUCUUGCAGAAUGCCAGCCAGAAGGAUAUCAUUGAGCAGUUGCAGACUACCAUGACUAUUCAAGAUAUCCUGUCCAACUUGAAGCUCCGGGCUUUUCUGGACAACAAGUACGUCAUCCGCCUUCAAGAGGACAGCUACAACUACCUUCUUCGCUACCUCCAAAGUGACAACAACAACGCCCUGUGCAAAGUCCUGAUGUUGCACAUUCACCUGGACGUGCAGCCCGCCAAGAGGACUGACUACCAGCUCUAUGCAGGGGGCAGCUCCUCGCGCAGUGAGAGCAACGGCCUAGAGCCCAGCGAUGUGCCAGCGUCCAUCCUACAGAACGAGGCAGCGCUGGAUUUACUGCAGGACAGCAUUAAACGUGUCAAGGAUGGGCCCCCUUCCUUAACCACCAUCUGUUUCUAUGCCUUCUAUAACACAGAGCAGUUGCUGAACACUGCAGAGAUUUCACCAAACAGCAAGCUGCUCGCUGCUGGGUUUGACAAUUCAUGUGUGAAGCUGUGGAGCCUGCGUGCCAGGAAGUUAAAAUCCGAGCCCCACCUUGUUGAUGUGUCCCGCAUCCGGCUGGCUUGUGACAUCCUGGAUGAGGAGGAGGAAGAGGAUGACAGCGCAGGCACGGAAAUGAAGAUCCUGAGAGGGCACUGUGGACCAGUGUACAGCACGAGGUUCCUUUCAGACAGUUCAGGACUCUUAUCUUGUUCUGAGGACAUGUCCAUCAGAUACUGGGACCUCGGAAGUUUUACAAACACUGUGUUGUACCAAGGACACGCCUACCCUGUCUGGGAUUUGGAUAUUAGCCCCUGCAGCUUGUACUUUGCCAGCGGUUCCCACGACCGCACAGCAAGGCUCUGGUCCUUCGAUCGGACGUACCCGCUGCGGAUAUACGCGGGCCAUUUGGCCGACGUGGACUGUGUCAAGUUCCACCCCAAUUCCAACUACUUGGCAACGGGCUCCACGGACAAAACCGUGCGCCUGUGGAGCACUCAGCAGGGCAACUCGGUGCGUCUCUUCACCGGGCACCGUGGCCCCGUGCUGGCACUCGCCUUUUCUCCCAAUGGUAAGUACCUGGCAUCUGCAGGCGAAGACCAGCGGCUCAAGCUGUGGGACUUGGCCUCGGGAACUCUUUACAAAGAGCUGAGGGGGCACACGGACAACAUAACCAGCCUUACUUUUAGCCCCGACAGUAGUUUAAUUGCUUCAGCAUCGAUGGACAACUCGGUCCGGGUCUGGGACAUUCGGAACACUUACUGCAAUGCCCCUGCAGACGGGUCUUCCAGUGAACUGGUUGGUGUAUAUACUGGACAGAUGAAUAACGUACUGAGUGUACAGUUUAUGGCCUGUAAUCUUCUUCUAGUGACUGGAAUUGCACAAGAAAAUCAGGAACAUUAAUUAUUGGGUUUUUUUCUUAGGGAAGCGGGCGGGUGUAUUGAAUGCCAGAGUACAUUGCAAGCUGAGAUUACUGACUGUGAAAUGCUUCUCUUCCUCUGCCCCCCAUGAAAGGCAUGUUCAGAGUGAUGCAAAUGCUUUACAAUGUCUUGCCCACAAAAAGGCCUGUGCUGUUGAAUGGAACAAGGGGAAAAAAGAGUGAUGAAAAUAUGUAUACGUUCUAAUCUUGUACCUGUGGGGAUGGGGAAAGGGGGAGUAAAUCCAGUAGCUUGGGGAAACCAACAGCGUGGUCCAGACAAGUGAAACUGCCAACCAGAUAAGCUGUUGACCUGCACUUAAAUAGCCUAUAUUGAUUGACUGAUGGUCACAUCAUACCUACUGUUCACUGAGGCUUGAGUGUGUGGAGAACUACUGGCCUCAUGUUUUUUUGUUUUGCUUUGCUUUUAUUUCCCAGGUAUUCCAGAGGACCAGCAUUUUAAGACCCUUCUAGCUUCUACAGUGAUAGUGGUCCUAAAUAUUACAGCUCCCUAUAGCACUUUGGGAAUAUUUUGGACUAGCUAAGUAGAAAAUACCAUCUUUCUAGUAAGGGGCUGGAAAUCUGACCUCAGUUGGGGCCCAUCUCUGCAUUGUCAUUUGGGUUUGGUUCCUGGUACUAGCUGUGAUAUUUGUAUUUAUGUUCCAUUAAUUAGGAAUCUUUCUGAAUCUGGUUGCACUGUGUUUUGAGGAUGGGAAGACACUAGGGGUAGGGUGGUGACUUUAAAGGUAAUAAAUGACUCGCCUUUUCUGGAGGGAGGGCACAAUAGAGCUGAAGCAGCUAAGUUUGGACUCCUAAUGGAAAUGGGCCAUGUCAAUCCACCACUGCACCUCACAGAAGAAUUUCCAUAAAUGGAAGUUGGCAGUUGAGGGAGAGGGAGAGAGAGACACACACACACAAAGUAACAUGGGAAAAAUAGUAUUACUAAAUUAUUGUGCGUACACAGAGGCAGCUCUGCCAGAGUAGGAAUUUUCUCAAAAUAUUGCAAUAUCAGUUUCAUGAACACUUUGUGAGAUAAAUCAUCAGCAUUUACGACGAGGAUCUGCAGAAAAAGCACGUUCUAGUUUGUCAUUUGGAGAGAUUAAAUAUUUCUGCUUUCUGGAAAGAGUUAUUUUGUAUUUUGUUUUCUAUUAAAAGCAUUUAGUUUAAAAAAAAAAAUUGUUUGGUCCCUUUCUGGGAAACUUGUGACUUGCAUGGGAAGGAGAAGACCAGGAGCAUGCCUCUCCUACACUGCACAAGCUAGAGCCCACUGGGCGCCCAAGGGCUGAAUCUGGUGGCCUUGCUUACUUGUUGUGUGCUAGUUUGGUAUACCCCUAUUUGUUUUCCACAGAGCUGAUUUGGCAGAUCAUGGAGUAGGGUAUUGACACAGCUUUGUAGGUCAGCUGAAAUACACAUAGAGGAUCUAGGUGCCCUCUGAGGUUGAUACUGUGCACCAGACCAGAAGGCCUCAUUACAUAGUGCUGCAUGAUCUUUACUUUGUAGUUUGAUAUUCUAAAAUGCCUCUUUUGAGCUAAGGCACAAUCAUAAUGUCUUACAGACAAGCUGUUGGUAUGAAAUGGUAAUUCUCUUCAGCUCCUCUCAGACCUUAUAGACUUUGAGAGAAUUCUCCUGAGAACAUCCAAAUAACCUAAGAAGUAACCUCUGUGCUCAAUUCUAUACAUUCUAGCACAAAUAUUUCAUUGUGAAAUGACUGCUUUUGUAUCAUAGCAAAGUAAAAGUGCUUGGCUGAACAGCUUUGUGAAUACCUAGGAAAGAUAUGAUUCACCAGUGUUCAGUGGAACUCUGAAUUUUCUGUCUGUUGCCAUAUGUUGUGAGCAGUGUUUAGAUUUAGAGCAGAUGGACUUCUGGUCCUGAAGCACAGCAAACAGCAACCGAAAAGGGGGAGAUAAAGGUGAGAUAGGCAGAGAACAAAGUCUCCCUUUCACAUCUUCUGCACUGGAAUUGGGAUGUUUAUUAGUUGGGUUAUUCUGAAGUAUGUUGCAUACAAAACUGUCAAGUGAGAGUAAAGAGACUUAGGAAGCAAAUCCUUUUAUACAUACAUAGGCUAAAAGAUGUAAAAGUUGUUUCUGAGGUGUUGGAAAAACAGUAUCACUAAUGAUGCAUGUCAAACCUAUAGAGUUUUAUUAACUGUGUGGAGUUGUUGCUCAUGGAAUGUAAAUGUUUGAAGGCAGAAAGCCAGGAAAUAAUCUAGACUGUAAGAGAUGUCUGCAAUUGAUUGACAGGCUGAAUUUCACGGCAGAACUGGGAGAAAAAUAUGGUUGGGAGUAAGGAAUACCAUUAAGUGUAAGCAAAGUCUGGACUGUAAUCUCUAUUAACUGUUCUUCAGAAAUAUGCAUUUCCACAUACGCCUUAUUCUAUUUUAAAUACGUCAUAAACACAGAAGCAUUUAAGUUGGCAUAGUUAAGCACUCCAGUACUAAUAAAUGUCAUAGUAGGGAC